AUGGAGGACGGCCAUUGUAAAACCGUGGAAGAUGUAGUAAAUUAUUUCGGCGUCGAUUCCGACAAAGGAUUGUCUCCCGAUCAAGUCAAGAGGAACCAGGAAAAAUAUGGUCUUAACGAAUUGCCAGCCGAGGAGGGGAAAUCCAUCUGGCAACUCGUCCUGGAACAGUUCGAUGACCUUCUAGUUAAGAUUCUUCUAUUAGCCGCUAUUAUUUCUUUUGUAUUAGCCUUAUUUGAAGAGCACGAGGAUGCAUUCACGGCCUUCGUCGAGCCCUUCGUCAUUCUGCUCAUCCUUAUCGCCAAUGCCGUGGUUGGCGUCUGGCAGGAACGGAACGCCGAGUCCGCGAUUGAAGCGCUCAAGGAGUACGAGCCCGAGAUGGGUAAGGUCGUGCGAGGGGAUAAGUCCGGCGUCCAGAGGAUCCGGGCCAAGGAGAUCGUGCCCGGUGACGUCGUAGAGGUGUCGGUCGGCGACAAGAUCCCGGCUGACAUUCGUCUGUCCAAGAUCUUCUCGACUACCCUCAGGAUCGAUCAAUCUAUCCUGACUGGUGAAUCGGUAUCCGUGAUCAAGCAUACCGAUCCUGUGCCCGACCCGCGCGCUGUCAAUCAGGACAAGAAAAACAUCUUGUUCUCUGGCACCAACGUCGCCGCCGGCAAAGCCCGCGGUAUCGUCAUUGGAACCGGCUUGAACACAGCCAUCGGCAAGAUCCGUACAGAGAUGUCGGAAACCGAGGAGAUCAAGACGCCGUUGCAGCAGAAGUUGGACGAGUUCGGCGAGCAACUGUCGAAGGUGAUUUCCGUGAUCUGUGUCGCCGUGUGGGCCAUCAACAUCGGCCAUUUCAACGACCCGGCCCAUGGUGGAUCCUGGAUCAAGGGUGCCAUCUACUACUUCAAGAUUGCCGUCGCUCUCGCCGUAGCUGCUAUCCCCGAGGGUCUGCCCGCUGUAAUUACGACUUGCUUGGCCUUGGGCACCAGACGUAUGGCUAAGAAGAACGCCAUCGUGCGAUCCUUGCCGUCCGUCGAGACUCUGGGUUGCACAUCUGUCAUCUGCUCCGACAAAACCGGCACUCUGACGACUAAUCAGAUGUCUGUUAGCCGAAUGUUCAUCUUCGACAAGGUCGAGGGCAACGACAGCAGCUUCCACGAGUUCGAGAUCACUGGAUCGACUUACGAGCCUAUCGGUGAGAUCUUCCUGAGAGGACAGAAGAUCAAGGGACAAGAUUAUGAGACGCUGCAGGAGAUCGGCACUAUCUGCAUCAUGUGCAACGACUCCGCGAUUGACUUCAAUGAGUUCAAGCAGGCGUUCGAAAAGGUCGGCGAAGCCACGGAGACCGCUCUGAUCGUCCUCGCCGAGAAGAUCAACCCGUACGCCGUCCCCAAGAGCGGUCUGGACCGCCGUGCCGGUGCUAUCGUGGUCAGGCAAGACAUGGAGACCAAGUGGAAGAAGGAAUUCACUCUGGAGUUCUCUCGCGAUCGCAAGUCCAUGUCAUCGUACUGCGUGCCGCUCAAGCCGUCGAAGCUGGGAUCCGGACCGAAACUGUUCGUCAAAGGUGCGCCGGAAGGUGUGCUGGACAGGUGCACACACUGUCGCGUCAAUGGCCAGAAGAUACCCCUCACGUCGACCCUGAAGAACCGUAUCUUGGACUUGACGAGGCAGUACGGAACUGGUAGAGACACGCUGCGUUGCCUCGCGCUCGCCACCGCUGACCAUCCAAUGAAGCCCGACGACAUGGAUCUGGACGAUUCCACGAAAUUCUACACCUACGAGAAGGAGCUCACGUUCAUCGGCGUUGUAGGCAUGCUUGAUCCACCUCGCAAGGAAGUAUCCGACUCGAUCGCGAGGUGCCGUGCCGCCGGUAUCCGCGUAAUCGUCAUCACCGGUGACAACAAGGCCACCGCUGAGGCUAUCUGCCGACGCAUUGGAGUGUUCGGUGAGGAUGAGGACACCACUGGCAAGUCGUACUCUGGACGUGAAUUCGACGACCUCCCGAUGUCGGAACAGAAGGCUGCUUGCGCCAGAGCACGUCUCUUCUCCCGUGUAGAACCGGCUCACAAGUCCAAGAUUGUAGAGUACUUGCAGAGCAUGAAUGAGAUCUCGGCUAUGACCGGCGACGGUGUGAACGACGCACCCGCGUUGAAGAAAGCCGAAAUCGGUAUCGCCAUGGGCUCCGGCACUGCGGUCGCAAAGUCUGCUUCGGAGAUGGUAUUGGCGGACGAUAACUUCUCCUCUAUCGUAGCCGCCGUUGAGGAAGGCCGUGCCAUCUACAAUAACAUGAAACAGUUUAUCCGUUAUCUUAUUUCUUCCAACAUUGGCGAAGUCGUCAGUAUAUUCUUGACCGCCGCCCUUGGUCUUCCCGAAGCUUUGAUCCCGGUGCAACUUCUGUGGGUCAACCUGGUCACUGAUGGUCUUCCAGCCACCGCUCUCGGCUUCAACCCGCCUGACCUGGACAUCAUGAGCAAGCCUCCCCGCAAAGCUGACGAAUCUCUGAUCUCUGGGUGGCUAUUUUUCCGCUACUUGGCUAUCGGUGGAUACGUAGGCGCCGCCACUGUCGGCUCGGCUGCUUGGUGGUUCAUGUACUGUCAAGACGGACCUCAAAUGAAUUAUUACCAAGUGACCCAUCACUUAGCAUGUAUCGGUGGUGGAGACGAGUUCAAAGGUAUCAACUGUAAGAUUUUUGCGGACCCUCACCCCAUGACGAUGGCUCUCUCUGUACUGGUCACUAUUGAAAUGUUAAACGCCAUGAACAGUUUAUCCGAGAAUCAGUCGCUCAUCUCUAUGCCGCCUUGGUCCAACAUGUGGCUCAUCGCCUCCAUGGCCCUUUCUUUCACACUCCACUUCGUCAUCCUGUACGUCGAUGUUCUUUCGUCCGUAUUCCAAGUGACCCCGCUAACGGGUGAAGAAUGGGUUACCGUUAUGAAGUUCUCCAUUCCAGUGGUACUUCUCGACGAAACCUUGAAGUUCAUUGCCAGAAAGAUCACAGACGUAAAUGAAGUAGUCGUCGACAAGUGGGCCCAGGCUUGAUCCCACUCCGCCGUCGCCGCCACCGAGCGCGCAAAGCAAGCUCAACCCGAGAAAGCAAAGACAAACGAAUAAAAAAAAGCGUGGAAUAACCGCUUGCGCUUUCGCGCAGGCAUCGCAUUAGAGACGCUAUUUAAUAACAAGCGAAACGACACACAGCGACAAGCGACAGCAGCAGCAGCAGCAGCAGCAGUAGCAGUAGCAGCAACACAGCCAAGUAGAGCCAAGAGCAACAGUAGCAACGCGCUCGAUAGAACGUAGAAAACAGCAAAGAAAAAAAAAAAAACACAAAAGAAAUGAAAAGGCAACCCGUCGGCAUCAGGGUCCUCUUUAGUCGCUGGCUAAACGCGCUGCAGCACCGCCUCGUCGCUACCACCGCCGCCGCGCCGCUGCUUCCUUCCUCCCUUUUACCUGUUCAUCUUCUCCUCUCCCUCCCUCCUCUCCGCAAGAUCGCUGCGAGGGCUCGUUCGAAUCGCUCGGUCGUCCUCCGCGACGAGAGCGAAGCGAACGAACGGCUUAGAGGUAGCCCGAUUGGAAACUCUUGGUUUUUUCUCGGUGUCUGGAGCCGCAAUUAACGUUCUUAACUCAACGACUGUGCCUUUUUGGGGCGCCGGUUGCACCAACGUCGGCCGACGCUACGAUCGAUUCUGCCGGGCUCCGCGCGGCUGCCGAGGCUAGCUUUCGAUUUCGAUCAUAACUUCGCGAGUGGAGCAUCUCCUCUCUCUCUCUCUCUCUCUCUCUCUCGAAGCGUUCGCGUUGCGCCGCGAGCGCUCAAUCAUUCGACUGUGACGUUCAAAACGAUCGUGAGAGCGCUCGAGUCGGAAACGUCGGGAGAAUUUUUCACCGUCCCGGGGAUGCAACGUUCUGUCUCCCUCUCUCUCUCUCUCUCUCUCUCUCUCUCUCUUUUUCGUUUUUCUCCACUCGACACUUCGCAUCAGGCAGAACCGUAGCGCGAGAGAGAUCAGCCGGGCCGGGCUCGUUGGUGCAACUCAGCCUUACUUUCCUACCCGAGCGGGGAAGAACGAUGCGAUGUAGCUGAUGGCGAGAAAGUAGAGGAGCGCUGCCUUGUAGUUCUUGAUUAACCGUACGCGCCGAUAACUCUGUAGAUAACGGCGCAAGUUAGCGCGCAUAACGCAACGCAACAACCCUUCCUCCCUCCUCCUUGCCUCCAGCCUGCCGCCGGUCGAUUCGACACGCGUCAUUCGCGUCUCCGACGCGAGUAUUCCGCGCCGAAGACGAGACGCGACCGGGUCUCGUCUUCGGGGUCCCCGAGCGAGAUCCGCACGGAGGCCGAACGUGUUCACGGGUGUAGCGGAGGAACGGCAGCUGAUUCCCUCGAUGAUCUCCUUCGUGCCGAGGAAAAAGACUACGACGAAUUCGAGCUAAUCCUCCGUUUAGUCCAGUGUCGCGGUGUCUCUCCUCCUCUUCUUCCAUCUCUUUCUCUCUCCCUCUCUCUCUCUCUCUCUCUCUCUCUCUCUCUCAGACUCACGCCAUCCUGUCCUCGCCAUCCUGGCGUCUCGCGUCUCUUCGCUUUACCGACGCGAGAUUCUUGCUUGCUUUCUUUCUUUCUUUCUUUCUUUCUUUCUGUCUUUCUUUCCUUCUCUCUUCUCUUCAUCUGAUAUCUUCUUUCCUCCAUGUCCCAUUUUUGCCUCCGCAACGUGAAGAUCUCGCUCGGCGAUCGUGUCCCCGACUAGUGUACCGCAGACGAGUAACGAUAACGACCACCCCUUUCAAUCGGAGCUGAAUUGACCGCGUUGCAGCAACUCUCGUUUCUGAACGACACGCAUGUACAAAUGCCGGUCCCGUUGACUCGCCCGUAAAAAUAGAAGACCACCCGAUCACUCCGAUACGGUUGGUUGACUCUCUUUCGCCCCGCGCUGAAGGUUGUCGCCUUCGAAUCUUCCUUGGAUCUUCCAUCGAGGUGCAAAUAGGCCGUCAGAGGAGAUACACCCUCCUCUGGAAACGAAAACGCGUGCCCUUUAUCAGGAAUCCCCCGCCCCCUCGCGCCGCUGAGCUUCCAAGAAGCCGAGCCCCCGAUAACGCACACCUGUAAAAAUUAGGUACCCAGUCUCUCCCGUCAGCCACACGAAGGACGGAAAGCUCCGUGUACUUCGGACCGUUCGUUUCGACGUGAAAAAAAUCAUCACUCGUACCUGGAACGCGCUCAAUGAUGCCACAGUCCGUCCGCGCGCGCUCUCGUUCUCGUUUAUCCAGCGGACAGUCGCGAGAGAGAAUGACAAGGGGAGAAGACGGAGAAGGGUAGGCGAGCACCAGAGGGAAAGGAUCCACGAUGCCGUCGGCACACGGGACGAAGGGAAGAAUGAAGAAGCCGAUCCAGGGGGAUGCUCGUCGCCGCGAUGACGCGCGAUGAAGGAAGGUGUCACGUAGGUCGGAGGUCAGCCGGAGGGUGGACGAAGGCGAGAGAGUGAGAGAGAAAGAGAGAGAGAAGGAAUGAAUGAGUGAGAGGGAGUGAGAGAGGGGAGGAAGGGAGAAUCCACCUAACCGGAGGAACCGUUCAAAGUCAGCGAGAGGAGGAAGGUGGUCGAGUGUCGAGCCUGCGGGGAGAAACGAACGAUGACGGUUUCGAGCGAGUGUGUGACGUAACUUUCGCGACUGGAGGCUGCCGUGAUGAAGCGUUUCGCGCGAGUUUCACUGUGCCUAGUGGUACCACAGUGUGGCGUGUCCGUGAGCGAUCGCAAGUGCAUUGUGGUACCACUAAAAACUUCUCUCACACGAGCCACCGACCUGCGUUGGUAGUAGUAGCAGCGGUAACACUUACAAUAACGUGUCCCGUCUUUGGCAAUAGCAUCUCGAUGCAUACAUAUCUAUACAUAAGGACGUUCUUCAAAAGGAGGAGAGAAAAAGGAAAAAUUGUUCUCGCGCGCAGGGAGAAGGGGAGUGUGCGUGUGUGUGUGUGUGUGUUGCUGAAGAUGGCUCGUGCGAUCGCGGAACGAGCGCUCGCCUCCGGACGCGCACGAAACUUACGUCACCGGGGGGGGGAGUCUGAUAAACAAUGUCCCGCGAGAGUUAAGUUAAUUAUUGUAAAUACACCGUCGCGCACGCGGCGAUAUCACGGAGGAGAGAUUACUAUAAAUAUAUAUAUAUAUAUAUAUAUAUAUAGGUAUAUCGCAUAUACAUAUAUACACAUUACAUAUAUUUUCGUGAAGAAGCGCACAGAUGGACGCGUCGUCGCUGCGGACGAUAAUAAAUUAUUGUUAUCGAUAAAAUAAACUAUUAUUAUUACUAUUAUCGUCAUCGCUCCACUGUAUGAGUAUCGACCGUUACCACAUAAAGAAAGGCACGCGAAGCAGGAUACGUCGACGUUUGCCGCGGAAACGCGACCUCGCCGAGCUUCGAGCGAGAAGGAUUCGGAAGGAUUCGCCGAGACUCGCGGUUGCGUGUCGCUGUCCCCUGCCACUUUUCUUCGCCGUCCUGUUUCGUCGUCUUCUUCUCGUUUCUCCUUGUUUGUUCGCACAAUUGCUCGUGAUUCUUCGUGAUGACAUAGAGGUGGAAUUAGCCGCCUCGCGGUGAACUGAUUGUUAACUCGGAGAGACAGAGAAAGAGAGAAAACGGGGGACACGGCCGCGCCUGUGAUCGCUCCGCUGAUCCGUCGAUGACUCGACUUUGACUUUUACUCCAGCAGGACUCCGACUCCGGGAGUCUUCGUGGCGAUGGGAUAAUUAACAGGCGCCGCUUGAAAGGCACGAUUAUCGCGAGAAGAGUGUCUCGUUCUCUCUCCCGAGACGGGACUUUCGCGUCUCGCUUUCGUGACUCUUUGUAUCACUCGUCGACGGGAUUUCGUGGCGAUAAGAGAGAGAGAGAGAGAGAGAGAGAGAGAGAGAGAGAGAGAGAGCGGACGUCCGAAAUACGGCCGCGGGUAUCGCGCUCGCUCGCUGUGUAAUCGCGAUUCCGUGUAAGCGCGAUUCUAAUUGAAAUCCGUUGAAAAAUCGUCGCUCGCGCGCUCUUCAGCUAACUUCCCAGCCAGAAUGAUAUCAGGGAUCAAAGCUCCGCUUAAGAAUUAAAGCAGAGACAAAACUUUACAACCCACUUGGAUCUUGCAAGUUUCGCUCGCUGGAGGAGGAAGCUCCUCCCGUCCCGCUCGUUCUCUCGCAACUUAAAAACUAUCGCUCGAGCUCUCGUUACGCGCUUUCGCUCUCGUCACGGGAGAAUCUUGCUCGCGCGCGCGCGCGCGCGUGGAUAUAAUUGCGGAUAUAAAGCGACGUCGUUCGAUACUGCGAGCGAGCUGGAUUCGUUCGCGAUGUAACACGUCGCCAUCGAUAACAGCGGCAUCGCAGAGGGAUCAAGAGGGAUUCCUCGGGUUUAUUCGGAGACGCGCCCUCGCGAAGGCUGGAGAACACGCUGUGUCGCGGAAGUCUUCCUUCGAUCGAGUCGCCGAGACAAUCGCGCGUCCGCUGCUCUCUCGCUACGUCGGUGUUGUUAUCGCGUGUUGACACUUCCAGUGAUAUACGCCCCCGCGCGCCCCAGGGAAUUUUUCCGUUGCUCUCACUACGGUGCCACGCCGUCCUCUCGGUCUCCGCCACUUCUCUCUCGUUAUUUUCUUACCGCUGUUUUUCCUCUUCUUCUACUUCUUCUUCGUCGUCUGUGUCGGUUCUCAUCACAUCGGUCCGUCCGCGUCACGUCUCGCCGGCCAUCUCUCGUCUCUCGUCGGUCUCCCCCCUUUCCCCCUCCCCCUCACCCGUACUAAUACAUAACUAGCGAUUAAUUAAGAGUUAACGAGCCGCGACGCAGAGUUUAAACAAUCGGCGCCGAGACGCGAGAUUUCUUACCGACUUACUGGCUGCUAGGAUAAGUAAGGACCUCCGAGAGCGACGACCUGCCAGCGGCGAGCGUUCCAUCCGCGCGCGCCGCUGGCAAGCGGCCGUCGCCAUUAGCCAAGCGCAAACGACACCCUGUAUAUAUAUGUGUAUCAUUAUGUACAUUAUAUCUGUUACGUAUUAUGUACAUACGUAUAUGUAUAUAUAUAUAUAUAUGUAUAAAAAGUAAAAAAAGAUGAACAAAACGUACGACAGAAGCACGUCGUGCUCGCAAAGUGUCGCUCCAUCGCUCGCGUCAUCCCGAUCAGCGCGCGCGCCGCGCGCCCAUCCUGUAAUUAGACUUCAUCAUUUUUAAUGUAACGUGAAAAAACUGUGCCAUGUAAUAUUCGUACUUGUAUAAAGGCAAUCUCGCCCCGCCCUGACGCUCCAAUCGUUCUCGCUCGAAUCGUCGUCCACACAUACACACACA